UUGUUUUCUGUCAAAAUGUGCCUAUCCCUUUAAGUUUCAAUGACGUAAUCAUCCUGCGCCGCAUGUACCUGACCGGAGGAAGGUUUUUGGGUUGCUGUUGAAUUAACAAUGUCAGGAAGUUUCUAUUUUGUUAUGGUUGGCCACCAUGAUAACCCAGUGUUUGAAAUGGAGUUUCUACCAGCAGGAAAAACUGAGUCAAAGGAUGACCACCGGCAUCUAAACCAGUUCAUAGCCCAUGCUGCUCUUGACCUGGUUGAUGAGAACAUGUGGACAUCAAACAAUAUGUACCUCAAAACAGUGGACAAGUUUAAUGAGUGGUUUGUCUCUGCCUUUGUCACAGCUGGACAUAUGAGAUUUCUCAUGCUCCAUGAUGUAAGGCAAGAAGAUGGGAUAAAGAACUUUUUCAAUGAUGUGUAUGAUUUAUAUAUAAAGUUCGCGAUGAAUCCAUUUUAUGAACCAAAUGCUCCCAUUCGAUCAACCGCCUUUGACAGAAAAGUUCAGUUUCUUGGCAAGAAGCACCUCUUGAGUUAAUGUCUACUGCAUUGUGUUGCAAAUACAGGAGCUCAGAUUUGAACUGUUUUUUUAUAUUGAACUGUGCUUAUUAUAAUGUAUUUUCCAUGAUGGCAAUUCCCAGUUUAAUUACAAAACAUUUUCUAAGACAACAGGGAAGAUGUGGGAAAGGAUAUAUUCCAAAAAUACACUGCACUGUUUAUUGCUGUCAAUCAAUAAAGAUGUUGCUGUUUCAUUAUCAACGCUAUUAAGAUAAUUCAUAAUAUUUUGAACAUUAACCUAGAGUUUGAGCCUAUGCUGAAAUUGGUUCUCUUAACAGUAUUCAACCUCUUAAGCCCACAUUUGUUGCAGUCAUAGCAUUGACACUGAACUGCUGUCUGACCUUGAGACUGGUUGUUUUUCUUGUUGUGAGGUAAGAAUACUUAAAGGAAGCUCACAUCAGCUGUAGUAUUCCUGCACUGUGGGUGAAAAGAGGACUUAUCUCCAACAAACUUCAUGUUUAUUAAGGUUGGCUUUUGUCCUUGGCAUAACUCCUAUUCCAGUAAAAAUGACAUCUUCCCUAUUUUUCCAGAUUUAAAAAAAAAAAUCUAUGCUAGUAGUAACAGUAUAUUUGAACCAAUAGUUCAUACAAAAUAUUUGAAUUAUUUGAUAAAGCUGUAAAAUGUACCAUUUAUGAUUGUUGAUUGCAAUUAAUUAAGACAUGUAUAUAACUAUCAGGAACCCUGCUUUGGAGUAGAAAAAAUAAAACUAGCCUUUGAAACAGUA